AUCGUGGUCAAACUGACACGUUAGCGUAAACAUUGCAGUUUCCUCCGCGUUCCCCUAUUUCGAUUUCGAUUUUGAUUUUUCUUCUCCGAUUCAGAAACAGAAACUAGGUUUUGCAGUUCCAAUUGCGUGAAAAUUUCACCAUGAUCACGAUGAUGAUGGUCGCUGACACCGUCGUAGUAACCGCCUCCAAAAGCCUCAGCGUCCUCCGUGCCUCCAAUUCCCCCCUCGCCGAUUCCUGCGCCGACCAGAUCCGCGCCAUGAUUCAGACUUACGACGCCGUGGCUCCGCCGCCUGUCAAACCCAACAGGUGUAGAGUAUCUCGCCGGACGCUUCUCCGGCGGAAACAACGAACCAAACGGAGGCUAUCGGGCGACGACGACAAAGGGAACGACGGGUUUUUAUUCGGUGACGGUGGUGGAGAUGGUCCUUUCAGCGGCGGAGGCGGCGGUGGAAGAGGGUGGAAUUACAACAGAUUUGGAGGUGGGAAUAACUGGGAAGAACCGUCGUUGCCGGACCCUGCUUUUGAUUUCGUGUAUCAGGUGCUGUCGUGGAUUAUGCUAUCGAAUUGCUUGCAUUUCGCGUUCAAGAGGAUUGUUCAGAUUGUUACGGAUGGGUCGAUUGUGGAUUCUGAUAGGGAAAAAGUUCCCGCCAGAUUGGCUCCGGUUUGCUGAAUCGGUGAAGUUCUGAGCUGAUCAACAAAUCAAUUCUUUGUUGGGUCGUGAUUGGCUAUUGCUUCCUUGUUCAAUUGGGUAAUUACUGUAAAUAUUGUACAGAAUAUAUCAUUUAAUAUCUAAUAAUUACAUGGUGAUUAAUUUAA